UCAUUCAAAAGCCGCAAAAAAUAUCCGCAACUGCAAAUGUCAAACGAAAAUCGAAAUUGAUUACUGAAUAUUUUGCCCAAAUCUGUAAAAUCUUUUGUAAUUGGAAAAAUCGCUAGUUAAACAAACAAUUCAAGGAGAAACCGGCCAUUAGCAACUAAAAUAUGAAGACAACACGGACGUACGGCAUAGUAGCGUGCUCGAAGACACGAGUGCGCUGCGUCUUUUGUGGAGUCCACAUACCAAAAGCAAAUAGAUGCAUCGAACAACAUACAAACGGAGCGAAACACAAAGAAAACAUACAAUUGAUGUCUGAAAAUGGUAUAUCGUUUGAAGACGACGUGCUAUUUUGCAGACCUUGUAAUAAAACCAUUACCGGCGAGGAUAACUCGGUGUUGAAGCACAUUGAUGGCGAUGAUCAUGGCAACUUUAUGGCAGCGCUGGACGACCUGACAGACGGUGAGUUCAUCACGUUAGAUCAGUACCUGGCUUGUGAGAGCGAUUGUGUGUACUGUGAGGUGUGUGUGUCCGACAUCCUCUGCUCACUGGAGACCAUCCAGGAACACGUAAACGGGAUGCUGCAUCGAGCGAAAAUCGUCGAAAGGCUGAAACCACUAAACGGCAUAUUCCCCGUGGCCAACAAUGAUGAGCUGUGGUGCAAGGUGUGCGAUGAAUACAUUGAGAAUACCGUUCAAGGCGUUUUAGACCAUAUUGAUGAUGAUGAUGACCAUAUGGACUGGUUCACUAAGAUUGAAGACCUUAUUGAGAACCACGAGGUCACGAUAGAAAGCUAUCUGAUGAAUGAGCAUGAGCUGAAUGCAUACUGUAACAAAUGUGAGGUACACAUCCUUUGUGCGGAACUGCCAAUCCAAAGCCAUGUGCACAGCGAUUCACAUUUAAAUAGGUUUGGAUUAUAGGGAAGGUUUUUGACUCUGUCACUGAGAACAAGUGGCUAGUCAAGAUUCUCAAUGUUGCCAAUAAUUGUCCAUAUCCUAUGUAUAAUUAGUUCAUCCCUCUUAUAUUUAUGCUAUGCAUAAUAUGUACAUCAGCUGCUGUUUAAUAAACCUUAACAUUAAUUUUGCUAUAGCGAAAUCUCGUUACAUUUUUAUUAAUUUCAGAACAGCAUUUUUAUAAUUGUUCGGAUGUUAUUAUAAUCUAAAACCAUUUUGGAUAUGGACAUUAUGAUUUUUGAUAUGUAUUUAAGUCCUUCUAGUUAGACUGGCCUGUAAUUUGUAAAUGAUUUUAUUUUUUAUAUCCAUCUAUAUUUGUCUCGUAAGUCAAUAUUUUAUCUCAUAUUAAUAUCUCUAUCUAUGUGGUCUCUAAGGCAGAUGUUAUUGAAAAUAGCAUUAAAUAUUUGUAAUUUUAAGUACUAAGAAUUACAGAAAGCGUAAUAUCCUGUGUUUUAUGUAAGCUAAAUGUUAAUUUAAUCUGAAAUUCCUAAUGUUUUGUAUUGUUGGAAUAUUAUGAUUUUAUUUUGCAGUUUCAGUAAACAUGCAAGGCACAACACAAAUCAACAUUUUGUUUUUUAUUUCAUGGUAAUAUCAAUUGCUUUACAAAGCUUAGUUCCUUAAAUAAUGUAAAGUUAAUCUUUGGUGUUGAAUUAACAGAAAAAAAAUAAAAGCACAUUAGCAUUUAUAUUUUGGCUAAAUAUAAAAUGUUUGUUGAUUUUGUUACAUGUAUAAUGUCCCAACAUUCCCUGUGAAAUUAGUUAUAACCACAUUUUGUGUUCAUUUAUUAUUUUUAUAGGUAUUUUGAAAUCCAUUGCUUCACUUGGAAUGUUUUAAAAAUGGCAGUUGGUGUCAAUUUCUAAUUUUGCAGUAAUAUGCAUUAAUUUAUCUUCAAGAGCUUGAAUAAUCAUGCCAUUUAGUAAUGCAAUUAUGUAGUUUCAGUCAUUAUUAAAUUAAUGUAACCAUAAGUCAUAUUUUAAAAUUUAGUUACUAAAUAUGUUGAAACAUGAAUUCAAUUCAUUGGCAUAUGUGCAGAAAAUAGUCAGAGUAAGCUAAUUUAGGAUAUCUGAUAUAAAUAGCACAUAUUUAAUAAAAAUACAUAUAAUUUUAAUAAUUAGUUGAUUAUUCAAACCAUUUUAAAGUCAUUAUUUAUAUUAGAAUAAUAAUUGUUUUUAUAAAUAUAAUGAUUUGUGUCCAUAUCUUACUUGUUUCAUAUAUAAACAAAAUGAUUUCAAUCUUAUGUAUUGACAUGACAAUUUUAUAAAAAAAUUAAAUAAGGGUAUAUAAUAAUCUGCUGUAAACAUACAUAUAAUAUACCAUUUAAUCAAAUGUUAUCCGUAGGAAACACAUAUGUUAACCAAUUCAAAUAAUUCUUGAUGGUAACUAGCAAACAUGUACCGUAGUGUAGAGCCAUUUAGCUCCAAAAUAGUAAUUGUUAUAUGAAUAGUGCUUUUAAAAACCAUAUUAUUGAUGUGUAUACUGAUGUUUCGCCGUUUUAACAGUUUUAAAAUAGAUAAGAUAUAAAUUAUAAAGCUGCAGGUUCAAAAAUAAAAAACAUAUUAACAGCCAUUAUUUAUUCUCUAGCAAGUUAAUUUAUAAGUACGAAAAAUAGUUAUAAUAAAAAGAUAUUCUCAUUUAUAGUUCAAUCGGAAGGAAUUAGACGAAACACUGAAAGGAAUUAUAUAAUCAUAAAUAAAAAUAGCAGUAAUUAAAAAUAUAUUCACAAAUUCAAUUGAUGUAUCUCUGUACGUAAGGUUUUAGUGAGUAGUCAAUGACCCAAUUCCUUUUGGUAAAUUGUAGCGACUGAUUUUUGUAUCUCAAUAGUUUUUAUACCUGUUUUAGUCAUGUUUAGAUAAUGAUUUCUCAGAAUUGGGUCACAUUCAGUUUGUGAUAUUGUUAAAGAUUUUCUUAAAUGAUUUUAUUUCUCAAAUAAAGACUUAAAAACUG